AUGGACCACCAACUGCACCAAUCGCGUAAUCUGUCCGUCAAUCAGACACUCGACGAGAUCCUGGGAAUUCAUCGGAAGACGGACCCGUCCGGAUCGAACGGCACCGAGAAAAACUCGGUGAACUCGGCGAUGCGACCGCCGACGCGCCACGGAAGGGAGUCUGCGGGCAGCAACGAGGAGAACAAGGUACAAGAGAGGAAAUCUGGCACUUUAUGAGCAUGUUGAAACCGAGUUUUUGUUCGAAAACCGUAAAAAACGGCCAGAAAAUGGGAAACGUAUGCAUAAAGAGGUACAAUUUGGUUGAAGGUUGUAUUUUAAGUAAUCGACCUUAUAAAAUCCGAUUAUUUUCCUUGAACAACUUUCCACAACAUCAACUAAAGCCUCUAUUUCUAAAAACAACGACUUGAAAGCGUAAAAAUUCGUUGCAGGACCCGAUAACCACCGAAACGUCUUCUGAAAACGGAAACGGACACCAUUUCGCCCCUCCUUCCGUUCCAACCGAAAAACGAAGACAUUCGGACGAUGAUUUCAUCAAGAAACUGUAAUUUUUCGACAAAAAAGACCUUCCGCCUUCGAGGAACAGGCGAAAGCGAACUGUUUCACGAGAAGACGAAGGCUGAAAGGGAAGGCGGAGGGAGUGAGGUAGAGAGGCACGUUCCCUGUGUCUUGAGGCAUUCUUCAUCCCGUUACCGUACUAUCUCAAAGUCUCACAUUGUCAAAAUUCAAAAAAGGCAUUGUGAACUCAGCAAUAAGGAUUAUUAUAGCACCUAUUGGAUAGUCUCUUCUUGUGUCGCAACAGUACUUGACUAGCGAUAAAGUUUUAGUCUUUGUAGUCUUCCUUAUAGCAAGAAAUGUGUUCCUAGAUGAAUCCAUUUUACCUCACGCCUUCCGCCUUCACUUUCAUGCCAUUCCAGUCAAAAACACAUAUUCAGAAACGAAAUCCGUCGUCGUUCGCUCAUUUCCACAAUGGACAUUGUUCCGGAGACUGCCAAUAAUUCCACCGUUCAAAAUCUGGAGCUUCAUUCGGAUGACUCGUCGAAAAGGUUAGUUUGAACCAGAAAAUCACUAGAGAAUACUUUGUUGAAGAGAGCCCCGUCCACGUCUCGCAAUCCACGUGGAAGAGGCGGAUGAGACGAUUCCAACUGUCGCCUUUUCUGCAAAUCUGCGCCAGAAUUCGAUCGGAACGAACGAAGAACAGAGUCUGACUUUCCGUGUCGACGAGAAAACGGAACAGAAGGCGGCCAGAAAAGGGCCGGUUUCAAAGAGACCGGAGAGCGGGAUUUCGACGAAAAAAGAGGAGAAUCUGAUGGUGCAGAGGUCCUUUUUGUGAGUUUACGUGCUUUCAGAUGGCUUCACUAGCGAACUCCUUUGGUAUAAAAUAGGGGAAUCUUACUAUCAAAUUAAUAAUGUUUCCUCCGGUUGCGCGCCGCAACGCGACCGCUUUGCAGCUGAAAAGACCACGCCCCUUUCUGCAAGUGCCGCACAUGCCGCAUCAAUAAAUUAUUUUUUUUGGAAAAUACACAAAUUAAAGCUACUCCCUGACGGAAAUGAAUUGCUUUCGAGUGUUUUUAAAGAAUUAUCUUUGCAAAUAGAUAGAUUUAAACGAGAUUCUGAACUUUAAUUUGUGUAUUUUCCAAGAAAAAUAAUUUAUUGAUGCGGCAUGUGCGGCACUUGCAGAAAGGGGCGUGGUCUUUUCAGCUGCAAAGCGGUCGUGUUGCGGCGGGCAACCGGAGAAAACAUUAUUAAUUUGAUAGGAAUAUUCGGCUAUAUGUCUCUGGGAACUUUUAGAAAAUUCGUCAAACUUUUGCAUUUUUUUAAUGCUUCACAACCAUUACGUCUCGCAACUGUUACGGCACAUCAAUGUUUUCCUGAUCUCAAUGCGCUCUAACGUUUUCUCUUCCCAAAAUAAAGUACAUACAUCUAUCACUAUUUUUGUGAGCAUUUUGAUGGGUUUCUAUGCCUUUGAGAUCAGCUAUUAAAUCUAGAACUUUGAGGGUUUCUAUACACUUUUACCGGUUGCGAAACGUGAAAAAUAGCCAUGUAUUUUCCAUUUUUCAGCAAUUCAACAAAGAGCGCGGACGCGCAUCACAAAGAGUGGCUGCUCAAAAAGGAAAAAGAGAUGAAAAUGCGGAGAAUGAAGGAAAAAGAGGAGGAGGAACGCAAAAAGCAGCAAGAGGUACAAUGAAAACACGUGUUCAUAAAUGCGCUUGCUUACCACAUCUUGCAGAAAGAUCGUCGUGAAAACUCGGCGAAACUCUAUCAGAGAUGGGUUCAGGAACACGAUGAAAAGAUGAGAAAAUUCAAGGAAAUGAAGAAGUCGAGCGAAAGAGAGCGGCAAGAAAAGGCGAAAACGGAAAAGACGGAGAAGAAGAAGGAGGCGGAGAAGGUACACUUUUUUGAGUGUUUGAAUAACAAAGUCUGUCUUUAGAAUUACGAGAUUUGGAGAAGACAAAGAUCGAAAUCGGUGACGGAAAUCCGACGGAAAAACGAGGAAGAUGCGGAGAAAAAGCGGAAGGCGGAAGAGGAAGAAAGAGCGGAAAAGAGGAAAGAGGCACAGUCGGCCUUCCUUGCCUGGUCAGUUUUAUCCAUACUUUUAUCGAUAAAGUAUCCAUACUUUUAUCGAUAAAAUAUCCAUACUUUUAUCGAUAAAGUAUCCAUACUUUUAUCGAUAAAGUAUCCAGAAUUUUGUCGAUAAAGUAUCCAGAAUUUUAUCGAUAAAGUAUCCAGAAUUUCAUCGAUAAAGUAUCCAGAAUUUUAUCGAUAAAAUAUCCAGAAUUUUAUCGAUAAAGUAUCCAGAAUUUUAUCGAUAAAGUAUCCCAAAUUUUAUCGAUACAGUAUCCAGAAUUUCAUCGAUAAAGUAUCCAGAAUUUUAUCGAUACAGUAUCCAGAAUUUUUGGUUGUAACUAAGCUUACUGUACCUUUGUUUUUCAGGAAACGCCAAAAAGAAGAGUUUCUCAGCUCGGAGGCGCGUAAAUUGCGAAAAGAAGAACGCGAGAAACAGGAGACGGAGGAGAGAUUAUCGAAAGAUUUUCGGUUCAUGUGCGCCACAGAGGCCUACGAGACUUGGAUCGAGAUGAAGGAAAAGGAGCGCGAGAUGCUCGCCGAUUUGGUGCUGAUCGAAGCUCCGCCCAUUCCGUGGAUCCCUCCGAGCAACCUCGUUCCGAGACACUUUGUCCGUCGCUCGGCACGUGGACAGCGGUGAGUGCACUGUAGCGUCACAGUGUUUUCAGAUUCAAAAACCUGUCGAAUGCUUGAACGGUUUAAAUUGUCAGUAGAGAUUCAGACGCUGUGUACUUUCAUUAUUUCACAAACAAAAAUGUUUUGCAGCCCAAAACCGCGGUCCCAGUCGGCCAAAUCGAUCGGAAAUCGUACUCGUGGCCGCCCGUCGACCACCAAUUCCCUUCGUCCUUUCCGCUAA